AUGGACCAACUGGAGGCGUGUGUUAAUUACUUACUAAAGACAACCUUCGUUGUAUACCUCAUAAAUCCACUGCCACGUGCCGCACCUUGGCUGAAUAUUUUCCUACUCAGCGCUUGGCUACUCUUUUUCAUAAAUUACUGUCACCUGCCCAUCAAAAUGUUACUCUUUAGUGACCGCGCGUUGGUACGUUGGGUGCGCACUUGUCUUUCCGUCGGCUGCGCCAUCAUCAGUUUCUGCUGCAUGCUUGAGACAGCAGUAAAGUGGCGCCAAUUUGCGCAAAUCCAACAAUUACGGCAACAAAUCAACUAUUUAAUCAGUCAACAGUUAAAAGCGCACUUACGCGGUCGAAAGCGUAGGAGUUUUGGUUACCUGAAAACGCGCCUCCUACCGCUACUCCUCAUACUGAUUAUCUGCGAGUCAAUUAAGUUUAGCUCCGUGAAAAAUAUGACUAACACUUACUUCGGUACGGUAACAAUUGUAAUGGGUCUUCGCCUGCGUUACUUUCACGCCCUCAGCCUGAUGUGCGAGUUCAAUGAGUAUUUAUGUGUGCUCUAUGAGACUAUCGACCUACUCGUUACUUACAACAAUACGCGACCCAUCUGUGAGUUCAACGUUUGGCGUCCCCAUAAUCGUUGGGAGUUAGAACAAUUGAAUUUGUUGCGUUUGUUGUACGGUCGGCUCUUCGAGUUCUUUCAACUCAUCAACGAUUGUGCCGGUUGGUCCAUGACCUUGAUUGCCCAGCUCGCGCUGAGCGAGUUUGUUUGCUAUACAUAUUGGUGUCUGACCUACAAGCUUGUGAAUUUGGGCAUUGGCGCGGUGAUUUUCAAUCUAGCAACAAUCAUUUCGUUGGGCUGUCUACACUACCAAUGGUUUGGUCUGGCUGAAAAGAUAAAUCGGAAGGGCCAGAACAUUGCUGCUCUCUCAACACAACUCUCUAAACCACUUGGUAGCAGGAGGUACAAUGACUUGCUACUCACCUUCUCAAUACAAACGCUACAUCAAAAGCUUAUUGUGACAGCAAAGGAUUUUAUUAGAAUUGAUUUGAAAAGUUUAUCAGCGACAAUGCAUGUCUUCGUCAAUUACCUCGUCUUCUUACUACAAUUUACAUACAUCAAGACGAAAGCUUAA